AUGUCGGGGGUUGAGGGAUCAUUUACAACUGGGAACACUGCGCAAGAGCUGGGUUUUGAUCAUGUUCCGGAAUGUUAUGUUGUUUCGCCUUCGAAAACAUCGAGCUCGGACCUCGACGGAGCUCGAGUUACGACUGUCGAUAUGUCUCGACUGAGACGGAAUGGCGAGGAACGCUCCGUCGCCAUCAAGGAGCUAGGUGAGGCUUGUCGCCGCGGGGGGUUCUUUCAAGUUGUGAACCAUGGUAUUUGCCAAUCGAUUCUUGACGAAGCGCUCGCGGCGGCGGUGGGUUUCUUCGAUCUGCCGGCCAGAGAGAAGCUUAAGUUCAAGUCGAGCGAUGUUUAUAAGCCUGUACGGUACUCGACGAGCUUGAAAGACGGGGUUGACAAGGUCCAGUUUUGGAGGAUUUUCCUCAAGCAUUAUGCACAUCCCUUGGACGCCUGGAUCGAUUCAUGGCCUGAUAACCCGCCGCACUACAGAGAAAAGAUGGGGAAAUAUUGUGCAGAGGUAAGGAAACUAGCCUUGGAACUGAUGGGAACAAUGAUAGAGAGCCUUGCAAUAAGCCCAAAUCACCUAAGCCAAAAACUUGAACAUGGAAUGCAAGUGGUUGCAGUAAACUGUUACCCUCCGUGCCCCGAACCGAACACGGCGCUCGGAUUGCCGCCACAUUCGGAUUACUCAUGCUUAACCAUCAUCCUCCAAAACUCAACUGGCCUCGAAUUCUUGGACACCGAGGACGGCGGCAACUGGAUUGUCAUCCCAGAGAUUCGCAGGACGUUACAGGUCCAUGUAGGUGACCAUUUCGAAGUGCUGAGUAAUGGGAUAUACAAGAGUGCGGUCCAUAGGGCUACAUUGAACAGUGAAAGCACUAGGAUUUCCAUUGCAAGUUUACAUAGCUUGGGAAUGGAUGAUAAAAUGGAAGCAGCUGAAGAACUUGUGGAUGAACAAAAUCCCCAGAGAUAUAGAGAAAGUAGCUUCAGGGAUUUCCUGGAUUUCCUUGCAAGUGAUGAUAUUGUAGAUGGGAAGCGUUUCAUUGACACGCUUAGAGCUUGAAAGAUCAGAGGUUAUUUGGUUUUCUGGGGUUUAAUCACAUUAUCAUAGAGAU